AUGAAGAAAUAUCGUUGCCCAAAUGCGCGUCUCCCAGGGAAGCUCUAUCGGAUCCACCAUCCUGAAAGUCGAACCACCUAUUCCGAAAAUGGAGGCUUCCUAGCCGCGGAUAAUACUAAGAUUUAUAAUGAAGAUAGCGAGGAAGAAUUCAAACAGGAUAUAGUGAGACAGUUUAGUUGGGAUUAUCGAGGUCCUCUACCGUUUAUCAGCCUUUUCUCUGGGCGUGAACACGCAGAAAACUGGGGACUUAAAGAGCCCUGGCAGGGCCAACGGCCAUAUCCAGUUACCAAGCAAUGGACUCUAUUUACCAUCAACACAGAGGUAUUAGAAGAUGCAGUUUUCUUCAGUUUAAAGGAGCUAGUGGAAGAUCAGCAAGUACAAAUCCCCGAUGCGGCUAAGCAACACAUUCACGGCGCAUAUAUUUGUCUUCAUCGAAUCCCCGCAGCUGCGAUCAAUGAUCAAACAAAUCCGAACCAAGUUCUACUUGACAGGGAUGAUCGAUACUGGGAACGGAAGGCUGCACAAUUAGACUACGACUACCUUGACGGUUCUUAUGACAGCGAGAGGGAGGCACUUCAGGAGAAUUGGAAUACUAUCAUUGAGAAGAAUAUUGAGGACGCUUGGUAG